CAGACAGGUUGGACGACUGAGGGAGCAGCGAAGGAGCCCACGAGACAGCGGCUCCCUCACUUCAGCGGAGCAAGUGUAUUUUUAGCGCCUCCCCCGCAGCCUCUCUCCCCCACCUCCGGCCAUGGGCACGGGUCUGGGGCGCGCGUGCGGCCCCCUGCUGCUGCUGCUGCUGCUGCUGCCGCCGCUGCUGGGGCCGUGCGGGGCUCUGCCGGACAGCUGGCUGCCGGGGGACUACGCCAACACCGAGGCGGACGCUCUGAGGUUCCUGGGCGACUACAACGGCACCGCCGAGGAGGUGCUGUUCCAGAGCGUGUCCGCCAGCUGGAACUACAACACCAACAUCACCGGCUACAACUCCGAGCUGCAGGUUAAUGCCUCCCUGGAUGAGCAGGCCUUCUCUGAAAGCUGGGGCUUAAAGGCCAAGCAGGUCUUCACCAAAGAGCUGCUGGACUCGCUCCCCGACCCCAAGGACAAGAAGCUGAUGGAGAAGGUGAUGCUGCUGGGGGCCGCCAACCUUCCCCAGAAGGAGCGAGAGGAGUUUAACACAAUCCUCAGCACCAUGGACAGUAUUUAUUCAACGAGCAAAGUGUAUCCACAGCCAAACAUAAGCUGGAGUCUGGAACCCGAGCUGACAGAAAUCAUGGCCACCUCCAGGAGCUACAAGAAGCUGCUGUUUGCGUGGGAGGGCUGGCACAAUGCGUCCGGCGUGCCCCUCAGGGAGUUCUACCCCAGGUUUGUGGAGCUCAGCAACAAAGCCUCCAAAGCCGACGGAUUCAGCGACACCGGGCACGACUGGCGGUCUUCAUACGAGUCUGAGACCUUUGAGCAGGACCUAGAGGGGCUCUACAGGACCAUCGAGCCCCUCUACCAGAACCUGCAUGCCUUUGUGCGCCGGCAGCUCUAUAACCAGUACGGACCCAAGUACAUCAACCUUAAAGGGCCCAUCCCUGCACACCUACUAGGAAACAUGUGGGCCCAGACGUGGAACAACAUAUACGACCUGAUGAUCCCCUUUCCGGGCAAAGCCAGCAUGGACGUGACGGGUGAAAUGGUCAAGCAGGGCUACAACGCCACGCACAUGUUCCGAGUGGCCGAGGACUUCUUCACCUCGCUGGAUUUGGACGUGAUGCCUCCGGAGUUCUGGAAUAAAUCCAUGCUGACGAAGCCGGACGAUCGGGAGGUGGUGUGCCACGCGUCGGCCUGGGACUUUUACAACCGCAAAGACUUCCGGAUUAAGCAGUGCACCACGGUGACGAUGGAGCAGCUCUUCACUGUGCACCAUGAGAUGGGCCACGUCCAGUAUUACCUGCAGUACAAGGAUCUGCCCGUGGGCUUCCGGCGCGGAGCCAACCCCGGGUUCCACGAGGCCAUCGGCGACGUCCUGUCUCUCUCUGUUUCCACACCCAAACACCUCCAGACCAUCAACCUGCUAGAGUCUGUGACCUCUGACUAUGAAACUGACAUCAACUACCUGUUGAAGAUGGCUCUGGAGAAGAUCGCCUUCCUUCCCUUUGGCUACCUCAUAGACCAGUGGCGGUGGGGUGUGUUUAGUGGGAGCACUCCUCCAGAUCAGUACAACUCCAACUGGUGGUACCUUAGAACAAAAUAUCAAGGCAUCUGUCCACCCACCAGACGCACAGAGGACCACUUUGACCCUGGGGCAAAGUACCACAUCCCUGGAAACACGCCUUACAUCAGAUAUUUCGUCAGCUUCAUCCUGCAGUUCCAGUUCCACGAGAAGCUGUGCGAAGCAGCCAAACACACGGGCCCUUUGCACGAGUGUGAUAUCUAUCGUUCCGCAGAGGCCGGUGCCAUCCUGAAGAAGGUUCUUCAGGCUGGUUCGUCCAAACCAUGGCCCGAGAUCCUCCAGGAGGCCAUAGGGACCAACAAGAUGGACGCCAGCUCCCUGAUGAAAUACUUUGACCCUGUUAUUAAUUGGCUGAAGGAGCAAAAUGUGAACGAGACACUGGGAUGGCCUGACUUUAACUGGGUGCCUCCCAUUCCUGAGGGCUACCCCGAAGAUAUUGACAAGAACACAGACGAGCUUGAUGCCAAGAAUUUCCUGGACCAGUACAACAGCACGGCGGAGGUGGUGUGGAACGCCUACACCGAGGCCUCGUGGAAGUACAACACUGACAUCAACGAGGCCAAUAAGCAGGCGAUGCUUGAGAAGAACCUGGAGAUGUCCGCCCACACUCUGGAGUACGGGAAGAAGGCGCGUCAGUACGACACGGCCGACUUCCAGGACGCCCUGGUCAAACGCAUCAUCGGCAAACUCAGCGACAUUGAGAGGGCAGCGCUGCCAUCGGCCGAGCUGGAAGAGUACAACACUCUCCUGUCCAACAUGGAGACGAAGUACAGUGUGGCCGAGGUCUGCAGAGACGACGGGAGGUGUCACCCACUGGACCCAGAUCUCCAGAAGAUCAUGGCUGAGUCCAGGGAUUACGACGAGCUGUUGUUUGCCUGGAAAGGAUGGAGAGACUCUGCGGGAAAAAUAAUUCGACAGGACUACAAGCGAUACGUCGAGCUGGCCAACAAAGCUGCUACGCUCAAUGGUCACUCUGACAACGGAGCCUUCUGGCGCUCCUUGUAUGAAACCCCAACCUUUGAGGCGGACCUGGAGAGGCUGUGGACGGAGCUGGAGCCACUCUACAAGAACUUACACGCUUACGUUCGCAGGGCUCUUCACAAAAAGUACGGCCCCGACCACGUCAACCUGAAGGGGCCUAUUCCUGCUCAUUUGCUGGGCAACAUGUGGGCACAGUCGUGGUCUGGAAUAAUGGAUCUGGCCAUGCCCUACCCGGACGCCACGCAGGUGGAUGCCACGCCGGCCAUGGUGGCACAGCGCUGGAACGCCACCAGAAUGUUCCAGGAAUCAGACAACUUUUUCACGUCUCUGGGUCUGCUGCCAAUGCCGCCUGAGUUCUGGAGCAAGUCCAUGCUGUGGAAGCCGACCGACGGGCGCCAGGUGGUCUGCCACGCGUCUGCAUGGGACUUCUACAACCGAAAGGACUUCAGGAUCAAGCAGUGCACCGUGGUGACCAUGGACGACCUGAUCACAGUGCACCACGAGAUGGGCCACGUCCAGUAUUUCCUUCAGUACCAGAACCAGCCCGUGUCCUUUCGCGACGGCGCCAACCCCGGCUUCCACGAGGCCAUCGGCGAUGUGCUAGCGCUGUCUGUGUCCACACCCAAGCAUCUGCACAGCAUCGGCCUCCUGGACAAAGUGGAGAGCAACUACGAGAGCGAUAUCAACUUCCUCAUGAGCAUGGCACUCGACAAGAUCGCCUUCCUACCUUUUGGCUACCUGAUGGACCAGUGGAGAUGGAAGGUCUUUGACGGACGGAUCCCGUCCACUGAUUAUAACAAAGAGUGGUGGAACCUACGGUUAAAGUACCAGGGGCUGUGCCCCCCUGUAGCCCGCACUGAGGACGACUUCGACCCUGGUGCAAAGUUCCACAUCCCUGCAAAUGUGCCCUACGUCAGGUACUUCGUCAGCUUCAUCAUCCAGUUUCAGUUCCAUCAGGCUCUUUGUAAAGCUGCCGGUGAAACUGGACCUCUUCAUACCUGCGACAUCUACAAAUCUAGAGAAGCUGGGAAGCUGCUGGGUGACGUGAUGCAGCUGGGCUUCAGUAAGCCCUGGCCCGAGGCUAUGGCCAUGAUCACCGGCCAGCCCCAAAUGAGCGCCCAGCCCCUCAUGGAGUAUUUCAAACCCCUCAUUGAGUGGCUGGAGCAAGAGAACAACAAGAACAAUGACAUCCGCGGGUGGCCCGAGUACGACUGGAAACCUUCGAGUCCAACAGGUGAAAUUAAAGAGAGCAAGGUGGACUUCCUGGGUAUGAACGUAGAAAGCUCAGCUGCCAGAGCAGGUCAGUGGGUCCUGCUGGCUCUGGGCCUGGUCCUCCUGGUGGCCACCAUCCUAUUGGCGUACAAGUAUAGGAAGUCGAGAAAGUCUGAAAAGUCCUUAUCUAUGAUGGAGCUCAAGCAAAAGGACUAGUCGUCAUGGUGACGGCUGAAAGGGCUGAACCUGUAGCUGGCGUAGUAUCAACCACAAUGUGAACAUCAGUGUUUAGUGUACAGUAACAUGCAUCUGAUCAGCUUUUGUUUUCGGUCUGCCUCUGUCUAGAGUUGUAUAUUUAUUGUAUACAGUUGGAAGCUAAUUAUUUGUGCCUAUGCAAAAAACUAUUUUGUAAUUUAUUUGUAAUAUUUGAAUGUUGAGGAAGGAACUGUUUUCAAACAAUCUUUAUAAAGUCAUUGAUUGUGUAUCAUUGUUGAAUAUUUGAUUUUAGUUGUAUCCUUUACAUUUCUACAAUGAAGGCAUUCAAUAUUAAUUAUGUUCUUAUAAUUUAUUUAAACAAUGCAUAAUCAUCUUCAGCCAAAGUGUUUAUUUUACUGUCUGCUGUUAAAUGAAUGCAUUUGCAGCCUCACAAUUUUUUUUUCUGUUGUUUAUCACACAUAUUGAACAAAGGCACGUUUUAAGUAAUGAAAAUGUAUCUAGGUAAAAUAAUUGCUGGUCUCAUUUUUUAUAGAAAAAUAAAUGUAAAAUGUAAAGGUUAACUUUUUUAUUUGCAAUCUUCAAACAUUAAACAUUAACAUUAAAAAUAAAAGAGGUAAUAUGGAAUGACAAUGGCAAUCUGUUACUGUAUGUUUUCUCCUGACCGGACAUCCCACCGGAAAACCAACCAAUAAGCUAGUCCUUCAUUCUCAUUGGCUAUUCCUCAUCACGUGUUCCAAGUUUCCUUUGCUACUAUUGGCUCUAGUCGGUUGCGUUGUAAACAGCGGAUGUGCCACUUUGAGUGGAGAAAUACUAACAAAGUCGAACACAAAUGAAAGACACCAGUAAGAAGAACAGUGUCUCAAGUUAUAUGUUAUGGAGUAAUGCAUUGUGCUUUACAUACCUGCCUACAAGAGAAGUGUAGAGAGACUAUGAAUUGUUAUCCAUUGUAAUCCUUGCUUUGUUCUUUGUAAGACAUCCAACCUGGAAUAUUCAAAUUCUGCAUCUCUUCUUCUUCCUCCUUAAGAAAUAACUGCUACUUUCAAAUUUAUGCAGUUGAAAUGAUAGGUAAUCUUUACCUUCUACUGUAACUGAGUAGUCACUUUGUGAAUGAAAGUAUGAUAUAGUU